ACAUACGUUGUAAAUCAUCGAUUUAAGCAUAUUUAAUAACAUUGGGUUUGUGUAAUUACAUGUGUGCAUUACUUUUGAAACUUUUGUAAUGUAUGAGUUUCCGCGAUGUGUGUCAUCCGAGGAUCGGGACACUAUUUCUUCUGAAGAGAUUCCGUCUAAACAAGAGAUAAAGUUCAAGAUUCCAACGAAAAAGGCCCCCAAGAAAGAUGUCGCCAAGAAUAAGAGGGUCAUGACCGUGCUGGAGGCGGCACGCUACGAGAUGUGGCGCGAGCAUCGCCACCGCCUACAAAAUGUGGUGAGCGAUCUGGACAAGGAGCCGCCCUCGUUCCAAGCGGUGCGAUUAACCGGUGUGAAUAAACUGCGCGACCAGGCGGUUAACUACAUGCAACGCACCAAAGAAAACAUACAUAUGCUGUUGGGUUUGUCGCAGACUAUGCGCACCCACGGCGCCAUUAAGCCCUUCCGCUACGAGAGUCCCAAUGUGAUGUCUGCAGUGCCAGGAAUAAUUAACAAUCUGGAGAAAAUGGAGCAGGAUAACCAUGAUCUCGGCAUGCGCAUCUUGGAUGUGGUCAGCGAGGUAGACUCGGGCUUAAAGACCGAUGGCCAUACCAACAAACAACCUACGCAGCCGUUCACCAUGCCCGAUCAGGCGCUGGCCAAGUAUAAGCCUUUCAACAUCAAGCUGCCCAGCACAGAUAAAGAGCGCUGGCAGCUCUUUCGUCCACGCAUCUACUUUGAUAUCUAUCUGAAGGAAGCGCGCCCACUGGGUCGCUUUGUCGUCCAACUGUACACGGAGGCGGCCCCAGUGGUGGUGCUGCAACUGGUGCGCGCCUGCAUGUGCAACAUGCACAAUAAGUUUUUCAUCAAGCGGCUAUUUCCCGGCCUCUGGCUGGACGUGGAGCUGCCCACGGAGAACAAUGCGGCCCUGCAUCGACCUUUGGAGUAUGAUGGCAAGAUUAUUGACCAUGGUGUCUCCAACUAUGUGCUUUCCUUUAGCAAGACACACCUGCAGGGUUUCCGUGACAAUCUGUCCUUUUCUAUUUCCUUCAAGCCCCUCCAAGUUGUGAAUGGCUCACGCGUCGGUUUCGGUCGCGUCAUCAAGGGCAGCAAAAUCUUUGAGUGCCUCCAAAGCUAUGGCACUAAGAACGGCACCCUCAGCCGCGGCAUAAUCUGUACCAGCUGUGGCGUACUUUAGUCCGUACACUAAGCUUGACAAAAUUUUAUGUAUUGCCAGUAAACCAGCGUAUAAGUAA